AUGCAAGCAGACCCAAUAAAGUUUCCACGGGGCAUAAAGUGGUUGGCAAACCAGCUGCACAGCCUUGGCUUCAAAUUCGGCAUCUACACCAGCGUCGGAGAGAAAACAUGCGGCGGCGGUCAACCUGGGAUCAUGGGUCACCACCAGAUUGAUGCAGAGACUUUUGCCGCUUGGGGCGUGGACUAUGUUAAAGUUGACCGCUGCGGUUGGCCAGGGGAGGUCGUUCCAGGCAAAUAUCACAAGUCCUUCUACCGAAUUACAGGCCGCGUUCAAGGCUAUCAGAACUUCAGCGCGGCCUUAAAUGCGACCGGGAGGACGAUGUACCUGGAGAUCUGCGACUGGGGUGAAGACGACACCCUUGAGUUUGCGCCUCAAAUCGGAAACUCGUUCAGGAUGUUGUGGGACAAUUUCCCUCAGUGGCACAGGAUUGCUGAAAUUUAUUCGUACUUUGCCCGAGUGCUGGCCGUACCAGCUUCAACAUCUCCUGGAGCAUAUGCAUAUGCAGACAUGCUGGAGGGGGGAGUGGAUGGCCACCUGUACAACAGGGACAUCUUUCCCAAAUCCAGCCUGACAGAAAGGGAAGCAGCAACUGAGCAUGCCAUGUGGUCAAUGUGGAGCUCUGCUUUGAUCCUUGGCUACGAUGUGUCGAAUCCAGAGAAGGCCUGGGUCACUGGCCUACUGAAAAAUUCAGCCAUGCUCAAGAUCAAUCAGGACCCUCUGGGCAUUGCAGCUCGCCUUGCAAUACGGAACCAGCAGGAGGGGGGAUGCGUGUUUACCACGGGCUGCUUCCUCACAGAUGUGUGGGUUAAACCGCUUGCAGAUGGUGCUGUUGCCGUGGCGUUGGUUAACAUGGCUGGCACGAUCACUCAGAAUGAUCCUCGCUACAGCACGGAAUCAAUCUCCGUUUCUUGGGAUGUGUUCGGCCUUGAUGACAACACGUCCGUUGCUGUUUAUUCCGCCACAGAGCAGACACCCUUUGGCACAAUGAGUGGGUCCCUGUCCGUUGAAGUUAAGCCACAUGCUGCGCACGUGCUCGUGCUAACUCCACGGAUCAGAGUGCGAGGCUGA